ACAUGUUCGGCACGAUGCUCCUAAACAUUUUUUUCCUUCUCACAGGCGUCCUUGCUACAGUCACAGCCCAGGACCCAUGCGGCUGGCCCCAGCACAUACAGCUGACUGUCGGGGGAACAGAUAAGGUUCUGGCCUUCAACAUGACGUCACAGAGCGACGGCGGGAACCAGACGGACCUGGUGUGCAGUAGCCAGGUCCUUUCCCCAGGCGGCGUGCUCCUCCGCGUGACUUUCUACAACAUCAGCGACGGUCUGUCCAUCUCGUGGGGCCACACAGACUACCCCGUCACUAUGGACACAACAAGCAUCUCCUGGCGGGGUGGACAGUUCGCGAGGUCAAUGGUCAUUCCAGAUGUCCCCUUCCAGGUCACGUACGCGCGUCCCAGCGUUAGCAAUGGCGGCGGCGACGGAUCAUCAUCCGAGGGAGGCUUCAGCCUUCAGUUCAGCUAUCUCAACACGAGUGGGGGAGUGCCGUGUAGAGGCUCGCUAGUUAAAGCACAACCACAGACCCGCCUUCUCUACAUGUCUGGGUACCCGUUUGCGUAUCCUGUACACGAGAAGUGUGAGUGGAACGUCCAGUCCUCACGCGACCUCGCCGUCGACGUGAAACUCACGUCUGUGUCUCGUGGUUUCGGACAGGACGACGCCCCAUUAGUCAAUGGCAGUGCUCUACAAACACCCAGGUGCACGGGACAGAGCAUUUGUACAGUCUCCCAGACACCAACACGUUUUGCUAUACUCAAGAAAAUGUACGAUGCUCCGUAUACAACAGAAGUCAUAUAUGAACUAUUUCCGAAGCAGCCUGUAGGUUUGGAGGUUGAAUACACAGCCCGUCCGAUAGAGAGAAGAUCGUGCCGGACGAAUAAAUCGGAGACGGUUACUGGUCCCACGGACGCGUACGUGUUUGAGUGGAGUAUCCAGAGCACAAACGAGAGCGACUUGACCUGUGAGGUGACCUUUGACACCGGCAGUAACGACACAGUCAUUGAAGCGGCGCUGACAGAGUACACACUCACGGCUGCCGACGGUUCCGCGAGCUGUGCCGAGCAGACUCUGAACGUGCAGGACCUGGGCACGGGAACUGUGCUGGUCAACGAGAGCUCGCCACAGGCUGCAGGCACCACGGGCUGCCCGACCAGGCUCCUCCCCUUCUCAACAUUAAGAGCCUCGGGCCGGAAACUGACCUUCACGUUGUCCAGCCGCGGAGGCAGUGACGCGGUUCUGACCUUGGUGGUCAAGUCACGUGAACCAUCUCCCAGCCGGGACAUCAACGCCCAGGUUUUAGAACCAGCUACUUCCGUCUCCUACGCCUGGAUCCCGGCCAACCAAAUCGGCCAAAACGCUGACCUACAGAUGACCUUGACACGGGCUCUAACCGCAGACUGCAGCAUGUUGGAAGUGUGGGAUAAAAUACUCGCCUCCCGACUGGAACUAGCCCAGAAGUUGUCAGUGUUUAACGGACCCUCGGAGGAACACUUUGAGCUGACCAAGGACUGUGACGGUAACGUUGUGACCCACCAGACUCUCUUCCCACGGCGGCUCGCCUCGCUAGUAGCACACCAGCAAAGUGAAGGGUUCUGGGUUAAAUACCAGGCAAAUAUUGAUGGGCCUUGCGAGAGAGUCUAUACUCCCGUGGUAGGAAAAACUUACACGUUACCAGAUGCUGUCCGGUUGAGAAAACACAUCGACUGUUCCUGGCACCUCAUCAAGCAUGACGACGUGAUCGGAAUAAAAACAAACUUCAGCUCUGGGGAAGUGAAAAGAGGACACGGUAGUCUUUUCUCUAUUCUGACAGGAAAUCCGGGCCACGAACUCAAAACGCCACUGCUCACUGACGCCAAUGUUGCACUGGACCCCAACCUAUGGCUGUACUCACGUGACAACCUAACUGUUCACUUGACCGUGGACACGCCCACCCCCAGCACGAGUCUCGAGUUCCGGACCCAGAGCUUCCCCGCCUCCAGCACUGUCCACACAUCCUGCUCUCCGACACACCUGACCGCCACACGCCAGACCCAGAGGGCGGAGUCCCUCAACUAUCCUCACUACCUGAUGUCCGAGCUGGACUGUGAGUGGAGCAUCACCAGAGCUGACCCGCAGGACUUCACCGUCCUGGAAGUCUCCAGCGGGCUCCUGAUCCCUUUGUGUGAGGGCAAGGACCGACCGGUACAGCUGAGGGUGUCUCUCCACUCGGCGGGAGGCAAGGACGAGGGCGAGGUGGACAUCUGCUCAGCACGGGCCCAGGCCGGGUUUAUGCAAACCUUCCAGCAGGAGACUGUCGUUGUCAGUUUGAAAACCACACGGCCCGUCGUCCCAGGUUUCUACUUCAACUACAGCACCAUCUCGUGGGGGGACAUGGAGUACGCUUCCUGCAACACAUCCAUCGAUGUGGGCGAGGGGAGGGUGUCCCACUCUAUAACGUUCCACCCUGAGCACUUCAUGGGGCGCACCAGGUGUUACUGGAGGUUCUACUCUGGUUCAGACAGCCAGGCGGUCACCCUGACCAAUGUGAUCUUUGACCUGACCAGGAACGGGACUUGCGACGAAAGACGCGACAACGCUGUUUCUUUCUCCCCGGUCCUGGACUCACGUCUGGAGAUGAGGAACCCUUCCUUCUCCUGCAGCAUGACGUCAGAGCGCGCCAUCGUGAGCCAACAAAGCGAGCUGCUUCUGAUGGUCUACCUCAGAAAGUACCUCACACGACCAGUGACCUUGACUUACACGGCGGAGACCACGCCCAUCACAGGCUGCGGCGGAACCGUUCAGACCAUCAAUGUCCCGUCAAACGGAGCUCUCGGCGAGCUCACGUCACCCAACUACCCGAACCUGGACCCGAAAAACUCAAAGUGCGGAUACAUUUUGAAAUCCGAGGACGACGUCAAGACCAUCGAGAUAAACGUCCUUGACCUUGACAUCCCUCAACUCCACCCAGACGAGACGUGUUACGACGCCAGUAACCAUGCCGACCGACUGACGCUGUACCUGAACGAUUCAUCCUACCGGCGCGUAGUCAGGCUCUGUGGCAACAGCACGGAUCUGAAACACAAGUAUGUCAGUCAGGGAAACGUGGCCAACGUCACCUUUUUCUCCGGGUCACAGGUUCAAGGUCACGGGUUCACGCUCCAGUACCGUGCCACUGGCGCUCCCAACAAGGGGGAUAAAACCGUCACUCUGGCGUCGUCCUUGGCCAUUCUGUCUGUCCUGGUCGUCUGGUUUGGUUUUACGUCUUUUUGACACAUCUUUUAACGGUGUGAAAAUCUUAAGGUUGUCCGCAGCCUAUGCGUUAGUCAUUGCAGGAAGACGGGUAAGCAAACUUAAGUUUUGUUAAUUGUAAAUGUUUCUCUUUUCUCUUUGAUGAUUAUAAAAGUGAAUUAUGUGUUUCAAUGCAAAUAGACGUAAAUAAUCUUACGUUUUGUCGUCUGUUUCAGGCUCUCUGUUCUCCAUGAUGAUUGUAAAUGUGAAUUAUGCGCUUGAUUGCAAAUAAACGUACACAAUCUUAUUAUGUUUUUUUUAAAUUUAUAAAUUAUGUUUUUUUUGUUCUUGUACUUGGUGACUGUAAAUGUGAAUUAUGCGUUUAAUUGCAAAUAGAUGAACACAAUCUUAAAGGUUUUGGUAAUUGUAAAUGUGUUUUUUUCCUUGAUACUCGUAAAUGUGAAUUAUAAUUUUAAUUGCAAAUAAGCGUACGCAAUCUUAAGUUUGUUGAUUGUAAAUGUUGUUUUUUUCCCUUGAUAAUUGCAAAUGUGAAUUACGUGUUUGUUUUC